GCCAUGCGAUCCGAGCGCUUUUCCACCGUACCUGGCCACGUGCUCACGGCGCAAUUAGCAUAGCGUGGGCCUGCGAUCGUCCAAGCCAGUUGCUUAUAACUUGUCUGAAUUCGGAAGACUCCGGUACAACCACGUUGCACGGCUCUCCCCGAGGUACCUCGAUCUCGCGUUUGGCUGUUUGGAGCAAAGUUUUGCCUGAAGUUUCUGGGGACCAGAGUGGCAAGUUUCUCUCUCGUCACGAGUUGAGCGUUGUGACAGGAAAUCACCACAACCAGGAUGGCUCAAGCACCAAUCUUCCUGACUACAGUCUUGCUGGUACUCUGCCUUCACCAUGCUACGAGCCAAGUGACUGAAAUGCGUUGGUGCACCACCUCCAGCCACGAAGAGGAAAAGUGCCUGGCAAUGAAGAACGCAUUUGCCAGCAAUAACUUGAAGACUCUGAACUGUGUUGCCGGGGAAAGCGCCAUGCACUGCAUGCGGCUUAUCAGCACCAACCAGGCUGACUUGAUCACCCUGGAUGGCGGGGACGUCUAUGUUGCAGGAAAGGAGUUCAACAUGAUACCCAUCAUGCAAGAAGUCUACGCAGGCAACGACAUGGGCUACUAUGCCAUUGCUGUGGUGAAGAAAAACAACACAGGGUUUGGCUUGAGAGACCUCCAAGGGAAGAAGUCCUGCCAUACCGGGGUUAGGAAGACGGCCGGCUGGAACGUUCCCGUUGGUUACCUUCUGGAGGCAGGUUACAUGAUCCCAACGGAUUGCCAAGAUGACAUUCGCUCUACCGGUGCCUUUUUCAGUGAAAGUUGUGCCCCAGGUGCUUUGUCCUCUGAAUAUAACCCUGACGGGAACAAUCCAGAGAGUCUGUGUGCCUUGUGCCAAACCACAACGCCCAUCAAGUGUCCCCGCAACUCCAACGAACCCUUCUACAAUUAUGGUGGGGCGUUCAGGUGCAUGGCAGUUGGGGGCGGGGACGUUGCAUUCAUCAAGCCUGUGACCAUCACAGAGAACACAGAUGGGAACAACCAAGCAGAUUGGGCUGUCAGCUUGCGUUCUCAAGAUUUCCAGGUCCUCUGCAAAGACAACACGAGAGCUGAGGUUGGACAGCAUGAAAGCUGCAAUCUUGCUUUUGUACCAUCUCACGCCGUUAUGGCCUCCAAGAAUUUUGACUCGGCUGUGCUGCAGGAUUUCCGCGCCGUUCUUGGGCAAGCUCAGGAGCUGUUUGGGCCAGAUACCAAUACCAAUGGCUUCUCCAUGUUUGACUCCAGUCUCUACGGGGCUUCCAACCUGCUCUUCAAGGACUCCACCCAGAUGUUGGCAGAUGUAACCAAGGAAUACGAUGCAUUCCUAGGAGCAGACUACCUGGCGACUCUGAAAGGUCUUGAUAAGUGCCCUGACGGCACCCUGCGUUGGUGCGCCAUAUCUGCACAGGAGAAGAGCAAGUGUCGCGCCAUGAAAGCAGCCUUCAGUGGUGCUGGUAUCACGCCCAAUAUUUCUUGCUAUGAGUCCUACUCAGCAGAUGCCUGUGCUGUGGACAUUGCAGGUGACGAAGCAGAUUUGGUGUCUCUGGAUGGGGGAGAGCUGUAUGAACAUGGACGAGAGGGUCGUGUGGCACCCAUCUUGGCCGAAGACUACGGCACGGGUGAUCCCACUGCCAGAUACUGGGGCGUUGCUGUGGUGAAGAGAUCCUCCAGCUUCACCAUUAACGACCUGAAGGGAAAGAAGUCAUGUCACACUGGCUACAUGAGGAGUGCUGGCUGGGUAGUACCCAUCGGAUUCUUGAUCAACCGAGGUGACAUCGUCAGUAGCCAUGCAUGCGACAUUCCCAAAGCAGUCGGUGAGUUCUUUAGUCAGAGCUGUGUGCCUGGAGUGUUGGAGCCAUCUAACAACCCUUUCAACACCAACCCGGACAAUCUGUGUGCACUGUGUAAAGGCCAAGGCGAAAAUAAAUGCAAGCCCAACCAUAACGAGCCCUAUGUGGGUUAUGACGGUGCAUUCAGGUGUUUGGUUGAAGACAGUGGCGACGUUGCCUUUGUCAAGCACAGCACUGUGCCCUCAAACGUUAACGGCGACCAAUCCUGGAACUCUGGUGUCCGAAAGGAAGACUACCAGUUGCUGUGUCCAGAUGGCACCCGGAAGAACAUUGACGAUUACAGAGAUUGUAACCUGGCAAAGUUGCCCUCACACGCUGUUGUGACUGCUGUUGGUAAGACCACUACACAGCGAGAUGCAAUGAAAACUGUGCUGAAGAGUGGACAGGAUCAAUUCAGAUUUGACAACAGCCCUCAAGGUAUGUUCAAGAUGUUUGACUCGGCAGGUUAUGGUGCGAAUGCUCGCGACCUCCUCUUCAAGGAUGUAACACUGUAUCUGAAUGAUACCCCCACCACCUAUGACCAGUUCCUGAGUCAGGAGUAUCGAGAUGCCUUGGACGUCCUCUACUGUAAUCCCUCCAGCCGUCCAUCCGCUGCUGCUGGUCUCCUCCCCUCCCUCCUGGUGAUGAUGCUUGCCUGGGUGAUGCAUCGCCUUGCUCGUGGUUAAGGAGGAGCAGGGUUCCAAAAAUGAAGGGCCUCAGCGAGAGGGCCUCAAAGUCGGCAUGAGAAGUGCCACAUUCUGGCAGCCUAGAUUUCGGCGUGAGUCGACGUCAAGACUGGGAAAUCUCUCAAUUAAAAGCAAUGGCCUGUUUUGUUUUGUUUUGUUUCUGGGUUUUGGUUGUGACUCCCCCAUUUAAUACUAAGACAAAAUGUUAGUAGUGUAGUGGUCCAUUCUGUAGUUCUCAGAGAGUUUUGUGGGUGUGUUUAUUUCGUUCAUGGGAAAAUUAAUUAGUUUUCAUUCACUCAGAAUCGAAGUUAUUCAUAUUUUUGACAUUUAGCCUUCUCAAAUUCAUUCUAAAGGGACAAGGUGUGAUUUGAAGUCUUUUCAUCCAUUGACUGUCUAUCUCAGAGGAAUUGAAGUUGGGCAUCAUUACAAUCGCUGAGUUUCACUGGCUUUAAAGCAUGCUUGCUUUCUUCACAUCUUUCAUUCUUUCACACUGUUUCUCUGCUUCUUUCAUAGCUCUAUUAGCCGCAUUGUUGUUUUUUUUUAGUAGUAGUUAAUGUGAUCUUGAUCUCUUUUCGAUUUAACUAUCCUUAUUUUUGUUUAGUGUGUAAACUAACAGGCCCAUUUGAGAAAUUUCAUAGAGUGAGAAUUUGACGAAGAAACAGAAUUUCAAGGAUUUUUGGCUUGGCGUGAGCAGAAUGGUGCAUGUGCCCCUUCAAGGUCAAAACCCAGACUGAACCGGAUUGAACCAGUUGUGUGGCAAAGAUGUACAUGUACACCCUGGGCCAGCUGGUGGCCCUAGGAGGGUGUGUUGGGUGCCUACGAGGGAACGAGGAUGAAACGGUUCAGGCUCUGGUCAGAUUGGUGUGCUAACAUUAAGUGCCCCCUCAAUUGUUGAAAAGGAGAGAGUGAGGAUACUGGAGGGCCGUAAGACUCCAUGUUACCCCAUGCACGCUGGUAUGCUUAGAUCAUGUGACACUGAGGCACCAAUCUGCGAAGCAUCCUGUGACGUGCUGCCAUUCUCAGCUUCCACAGCUGUGCAUGGUGUUCACAUUCAGGAAAUACCUAGCACACAUGGCCAGAACGAACUAGACCUGACUGGUUCCAGCUAGUUUGUACAGGAUUAGAUGAAGUUCGUAGGAUUGCUUCGAAUGUGGUUUGUUGAAAAAUGUCGCAAGCAGGAUCGACUGUCCUAGUGUGACUUGUUUUGUAGAAUAAAGAAGUUGUAAAAUGUAGCUGUUAAAAUGCCGAUGUCUAGAUUCCCUUGGAGUUUAUCUGACUUCCCUUAUUGCUUCAGUCACAGCAAUGAGUUCCAAAUGCAGAAUAAAGGAUGUAUUUACUCCUUGGAAUUGACACAAGCUUGCAAAGAUUGCUCAAACUCAGUGCUUUCUUCUUAAAGUUGGCCUAACUAAUUUGUGCUUGCAUUCAUUUCUUUUUUUCUUCCUACAGCAUCAGCCUCUGCAGUUAAUAUAAAUCUUGAACGAUCUGGUUUUCUUAAUGUCAGUCUUAAUUGGUCUACAGUGUUUGUUGUCAUGGUGAUUAAUUUCAUGAGGAGACAGUUCUUGUCUGAAGCCCUGUGACCUCUGAUGGGUCAUGACCGGAAUCCAAAGCUUUUAAGUCAAGGUCAAGUAAGCCACAGGGCCAGUGCUCCAAUCAGAAAUCCUGUGUCGACUUCAGUGUCGUCUGCAUAUACACAUACGGAGCUGUGGAGAGAUUUUUUUUUAAAAGCACCAUUCUCAAAAAACACUUUUCAAACCGUCACAGAAUACAUUCAACACCAGUCCUUAGUUUGAAAAAAAGCUGACGAGAAUUAUAAAUUACUUGCUGAUUGGAAUGUCGGCAGCUUAUCCUGAAUUUUUCUUCAUUUUGACUGACGAAAGUCAGAAGUUCUUCAAGUUUUGACUGACGAAAGAUAUGCGAAGUAUUUUCAUGGUUAGGUCCUAACCAGUUUUUGCAAAAUGCUUCAUCGGCUUUUUUAGUUUCAACGAUUGGAGAAGCGAAUAAUACGCUUUUGAGAGUCCCUGGUAUUUCAUGAGAGAUUGAUUUUAUGAUUAAAUACUUGGAAAUAAUUUAUGCCGACUUUGAGACCUUUCGGGUCACAAGUUGACUUGAAGUUAAUAUUGUUGAGAGUACUUAAUUUUGGCUUUGAAUGUUUGUGUACAAGUACUCCAUUUUUUUCCCAGCAUGAAAUGAAUUCUUGUUAAUUUACGCAUGUGUAUAAAACGGUCUACUUAUAGUGUAGCAUACGUUAUAACUAAAGAAGCAUGUACAUGUAUGUUGCAUAUCGCUGCACUUUUCGACUGACGCGGCAUUUCUGUCUCAACCAACAUGCAAAUCGAGCGCUGGUUGAUCACUGUAGUCUUGGGUUCAAGACGCCUUUUGCGGUACUGCGGUCCAUUUUGAGGUGUAACAGCCGCUUCUUGUGAUAGCAAUUCGUCGGCAGGUCUUGAAACAAAGACUAUCUGAUCACCUGCGUGCAUUGCCUGUCUGCCCUAGCCCUCAUUACGUACAUGUACACUGCACAUGUAGGUUCUGCACCAAUGUGCUCAUGGUGACAACUUGCGAUCGGUUUGAAAAGCAGUUUGCCGCAAUGAAUGAUGUCGUCAUAACCAGUGUCGCGCGAGUGCAUAAUUUGUGUUGUGAUUAAAGAACCCUUUAAGCCCAACCAGUCUGAAUCCAAGAAGCAUGUGCAUAUGGUCCGGGGGGUUAAAGUACUGUAACAGUUCAUUAGAAUGAUAAGAUGUCCAUUAACAAACUUCUUUGUAACAAUAACUUAUUCCAAUUCUUCAAAAGAGUUUACUUAAUGUCCACGUUGUACCUCUAUCAAGGACGUCACAUUUUAUUCAAUGUGACUUUCAAAAACGACAGUGUUGUUUUACAAUAAGCAAGAUUUAAGUGAACAUUAUUAGUGGCUACAUUUGAAAACGUUUUACAGGUGUGUUCUUUGUGAUGUCAUAAUUUGCAUGAAUGAUUUGGGUGUUCCUUCUGAGGUAUGUUGUGUUACAAAUUCACAGACGUAGAACGUGGCUACCUUGUCUGCUGUAGUAUGGAACGCGCCAUGUGGAAAUCUUUAAAUGGCCAAUAAGAUCCAGUUUGUGAUGAUCAUACCAGGUAUGUGCAGCCAAUCAGGUUGAUCGUUCUAUGACAUCAAAGCGGUUUUUGCGUUGCACGUCAGCAUCCGUCGAACUUAAGUCCUUGCUCCAAACAUAAUGUUAUCCGGUACUCAGAAAAGUAGACUGCCUUGUAUAAGGGUCUUCCGCAGUUUCAGUGUGAUAGAAGUUCUUUUAGAAUGCAUAAUUUUUGUACCGCAAAACAGUUUCCAAGUUGACCCAGCUGUAAUCGUGGAAUGGAUCUGUUGCUCUAGGUUUGGCUUUGAAGUGGAAGCUGAAUGGUUAAUAUUGAGAAUAAAAUGCUAUAGUUACCCGAAGUGAAAA